AUGGAUUGGGUAUUUUUUCUCAUGGCGGCCUUGGCGGCCCUUAUGGUGUUCGGACUCAUCAUCCAUCUUGUGUCGAUUUUCAGUUCUGAGGGUGACAACAACGAUGGUUUCUUCGGGAAGCUGAUCAUCGUGGUGUCCUUCACGCUUGUCUCCUACAACUUACUUAUGCUCCCAUACAGUGUUGCAGCUUUGCAGUAUGCAGCACUCAUCCCUGAGUCCAAAUCGAAUGUGCUGUUGCUGUGGACCAUUGUUGCUGUCGCCUUGGUGAUUUUUGGUCUUGUUAUAUGCCCUUUUGUGCUGGUGUACCAUGAGGUCGGGAAUCACAAUAACUCGAAUGCUUGGAAGAGAGUGUGCGUGUCUGUAGCUAUGACGUUGUUGGUUGUGGUACUUGCCUCAUCUGCAUUUUACUGCGGAUGGCAUUUUGCCGGGUAUGCCAACGUCGGAUACACGGCGUAUUCCACAUCAAUUCAACCCGUCACAAGCUUCGAGUCUAUCAAGGAGUUCAGUGAUCAGUCGCAAGGGGAAUCACUCCGUCUUCAGGUGUCGCUUUUCGUUUAUCUUAUUGCGUUGCUGUGUGCUGCUGGAUGGAUACCUCUGUGCACCUUUGGUGGUAUAGGACUAGUAGCCGUCCCGCAGGAGUUCUUGCUGUACUUCCGUGAUCGACCAAGGCCCAUCACUGCUUCCGAAUACGCCUACCGACGGGAUGAAGUUGCGAGGGAGUCACAGCGCCUUAUUGAUAAGGGAAGAAUGAUUGAAGAAACAAGCGCCGAGCAUUCGUAUGGUGGACACGCCAGAAAAGUGCUGGCGUUCAGGCAAGCCGUGAGGGAGUUAGAGGCAUACCAUACAACGUUAGAAAUUUCUUACCACCAACAAGGGGGCAAAGUGUUGCAGGGCUAUCUAUGCCUCUUGGCCGGCUUAGUUUUUACGUUUCUAUCGAUAAGGUGGAUUCUAUAUAUAACGUUGAGCAAUGUCUCAGACACGCAUCCGAUGUAUGGUGGAAUGCUUCGCCAACUAAGUGACACUUCAUUAACACUGUGUGUAACCGUGUACAGCUGUUUUGCGUUCUACUUACUUUGCUGCACAAUAAAAGGCUGCAUUAAACUCGGAGGAAACCUGGCUUUGUACCACAUCUACCCUGUGGAGGUUAGCAAGACGCUUACCACAUCAUUCCUGUUCAAUGCUAUACUUUGCAUAAUUACUUCUUCCGCUGUGCUGAAUCUUUGCGCGGACAGUUUUCCUGUGUACGCUGUGAACAGUGAUGUAAGUGUGCUGUUUUCAGUGUUCGUGGCGAAUCUUGCUGUAGUGAAAUAUGUGGUGAGUUACACACCAUAUUUUCUUGUUGUUGUUUCAUGCCUUGCGUUGAUGUGGCUGAUCGUCUCCCCCAGGAGGUACGCUAGAGUCAGUCGGUGGUAA